GUAGUCAAUAACCAUGGGAAGAAUUAUUCCAGCGUUAGCUUUGCUUGCGCUACUAUUCAGUAGCUCCAUCUUGAGGAAUGUUUUCGCGAACGAUUCUUCUUCCUUGAGCCUUGAGGAACAAAUCCUUGAGAUUCAGCAGAAGUUGGAAGAACUCUUUUCGUCAAGAAACGAACGCUUGAAACAGAUAACAGCCGAGAAUCGCCUUCUUCGUCAAACCGUGGACAACCUGGCCUGGGGAGCCAGCCUGCUGGAGGAAUCGAUGAAGAGUGUCGAAUUGGACCACAAUAUGGCGGAAUGGAACAUAACUCGCGUUUCCGGUCAAUUUGACAACACGAUGACCCACCAGCAGUUCUGCGCGAGUGACAACUCGUUACAAGAUCUGCUCGACGAGUACUACUCAGCAUGUGGAGCACCUCCUCCCAGUAUCAUGAUGUAAGGACCUUGC